GUGUGGGGGCUUGGAGAGGGGAUGUGGAUGUGGGGAUGAAGUACGCAAUUAGGUUUUAAGAACUCACUGCACAGUACAAUGAGUUUAUAACUAACGGGGAAUAGACUGAAGAAGGGGUGGCGUCCUAAUAGAUACAAUACCCAGGACUUUUCUGUCACAGGCUAUUCCUCCCUGUCGUUUUCUGGAGACAGCAGCCAGUCAGACAGAAACUUUGAGGUUAAUUGGUGGAAAAUGCCGGAGGAGGAAGAACGAGAGAAAUUAGCCAAAGCCAUCAGACAGUGGAACAACAACAGACUGGACUUGUUUGAAAUUAAUCAACCUGAUGAGAACUUGGACUUUCAUGGUGUGAUGCGCUUCUACUUUGAGAAUCAUGUCGGAGGAAACGUGGCCACAAAGUGCCUGCGUGUUUGCAGCAACUCUUCAACUCGCGAGGUCGUUGAAACGCUUUCAGAGAAGUUCAGGCCUGACAUGAAAAUGCUGACUACUACUUAUUCCCUGUAUGAGAUCCACGCCAGUAAAGAACGUAAACUGGAUCUGGAUGAGAGACCUUUGGUUGUCCAAUUAAACUGGAACGCAGACAACAGAGAAGGACGUUUUGUGCUCAAGAAAGACAAGAAGAGUUUGGAGGAAAACUGUCAUGAGAAGGAAAAAGGAGGCGUGAUCCAAAGCUUCAAAAGGACGCUGUCAAGAAAAGAGAAAAAGAACAAAACUAAAGCAACUGACAAGGUUUCAGAGGAUGAGAAGGGGUCAACUGAAAAGCUACUGAACAACAACAGCAUUUGUGUGUCUAACCAUGAGACAAAAAAGAGCCACCCACAGAGGCAGGCUGCCCCGGGAGGAAAGCACACAGAAAAUCUGGAUUUUUCUGAUCAACAUGUAUUACCAAUUGGAAUUCAAUUCUGUGAUAACUCCGAGGAAGCCUUCCUAUCUGCAGUCAUAAAUUACACCAACAGCUCCACAGUUCAUUUCAAGCUCUCCCCCGCAUACAUCCUCUAUGCCGUGGGACGCUUUGCUCUGCGACGCCAACACAAGCGAGGCUCUCCACCCUCGGGGAAGACACAAAGUGUAACUUCGAUCGCAAACAAAAUGGUGGCCAUGACAGGGAAGGUCAUCCAGAUGCAGCAGGCCAUCGCCGGUGCUCUCGCCUUCUGGAUGGCCAACUCCUCUGAGCUGCUGAACUUCCUCAAGCAUGACAAGGACCUCAGCUCGCUCACACAGCAAAGUCAGCUGGAUCUGUCCCACCUGGUGCACAAAGCUUACAGUUGUCUGCUACAGUGUCUACAGAAUGAGUUAAGGAAGCACUUGCCAACUUUUUUGAUUGAUCCUGAGCAACACGGUGCACUGCCAGCUGGUAUAGAGAUGGUGCUGAACACCUUGAUGAACGCCAUGUCUCUUUUACGCCGCUGCCGGGUCAACCCUGCCCUAACCAUCCAGCUCUUUUCCCAACUCUUCCACUUCAUCAGCAUCUGGCUCUUCAAUCAUCUGAUGAGCCCAGGGGCCAACUCUCCAGGCCUGCGCUCCCACUACUGGGGCGCUGCUCUCCGCCAGAGGCUCACGGCCAUCGAAGCUUGGGCGGAGAGGCAGGGCCUGGAGCUGGCUGCUGACUGCCACCUCGGACACAUCAUCCAGGCAACCACGCUCCUGACCAUGAGCAAGUAUUCAAUGAAAGACGUGAAGGCCAUCCAGAAUACCUGUUUCAAGUUGAACUCACUGCAGCUGCAGACGUUGCUAUCCGGCUACCUCUAUGCAAACAAUGAGCCUCACAUCCCUACUGAUUUGAUCGAUGCUGUAGUGGCGGCGGCGGAGGCCUCGGCAGAUAACCUGACUCGGAGCGAAGGACGGGACAUCCAGCUGGAGGAGAGUCUCGACCUACACCUGCCCUUCCUGCUGCCGGAGGGAGGAUACUCCUGUGACACCGUGAGAGGAAUCCCUCCAGGGUUUAGGGAGUUUUUUGAGCCAAUUUGCCGGAAAGGUCUCUGCUCUUUAACAUCCCAGCCGAACUCUAAAGGUGACUGGACCGUGCACUUCAGUGAACCAACUUCCUCUGCAGAAAGCACAUACUUGGAAGCACACAGAGAGCCAGAGAUGGUGACGAUCACACUGAACAAACCUCUGAACAGUGGGAUGGGGGUCAGCAUUGUGGCUGCUAAGGGAGCAGGGCGAGGAAACCUUGGGAUUUAUAUCAAAUCUAUUGUCAAGGGAGGACCGGCUGAAAUGAAUGGCAGGUUGACAGCUGGGGAUCAGCUGCUGAGUGUAGACGGUCAAAGUCUGGUCGGCCUCAGCCAGGAAAGGGCAGCAGCUAUUAUGAUGCAAACCGGCCCCGUUGUGACCUUACAGGUUGCAAAGUUUGGAGCGAGCUACCACGGCCUGGGGGCUCUGCUGAGUGAACCGACCCCAGAAAGGACUACAGGCGAUAAGCCCAACGGUAAAGCGCUCAUGCUGUACAGCGUUGUGGAUCCUGGUCCCUCAGAGCAGCUCCACGGAGGCAGCAGAAGGACUAAAGAGCAGAUGAUGCAGAGAAACAGACAACUCUUUCGCUCCAACCCCAACAUGACCUAUUUCUCCCCCGAGGAUGGAGAUGAACCUGUAGACCCGGUCGUGAGAGGGAACAACAUAGCUGCUGUCUCCAGCGUCAACCUCUGUGCUGAUACAUUUCACAGGGAAUACUUGACACUUCCGACCCCUAAAUCCCAGGACAAGAACGCAUCUGAACGCAGUCGACCACAGCAGACAUUCAAAGUGUCUGUGAGGCCUUUAGAUGGACACAACUCCAGUAAGAGGACCUUCAUGCGCCAGGCUCUGUCUCAGGAGAACCUGUGUGUGGACGGUGGAGGCCUCCUGCUGGACAAAAGGCAGAACUUGUGGGAGCAGAAGGAGCAGCGUGCCAAGCAAACCAUGAGCCACUAUUCAUCCUUCCCAAUUCGCUCGAGUGUUUCUACUCAUGACAUCCUCCUCUCAGAUCAUUGUUCUCCUACAAAACAACAGCAGGGCAGCCGUACAAGCGGCGCCGGUGUCUGGAGAACUCCUUUCUCACAACAUCCAACACCGACGCCUUCCAACCAGCCGAUACGCAUCGACAUCCCUGUAACCAGAGCAGUGAACACAAACCCUCCACUCUCCACCUUCCAGAGCUCAUCUCUGCUGGCAGUGAGGAUGAGCCAAACCCUUAAAGUGAAUGGACAUAAAAACAGAGCUGAUCAUAUUUAUGCAUGUCCCAUUACUGCCACCAAGAAGCUACCUCAGCCCUCACUCCUCUCCACCACACGCAGGGAUCAAGCUGCAAAACCCCAAGUGAGCAUCACUCCAACAAAACACGUCUCCUUCCAAGAGCCUCCCACUCAGCAGAAGCAGAGUCCCACAAAGCCGACAGACCCUCAGGAGCGGUGUGACCCGUGGAGGAGGGAGGCCCAGGAGAAGCUGGAGGAGCAGCAGAGGCUCCGUGCGGUGGAGCUCCUGCAGCAGGAGGUGCAGGAGCUCCAGGGCAAAGCGAGGCGCACGGCGGAGGAGAACGACCGGCUGCGACGGAUCAGCCUGGAGUGGCAGUUUCAGAAGAGGCUGCACGAGAUUCAGCAGAGAGGAGAGGAUGAAGAGGAGGAUGAUGAGGAAGAUUUGGACAUGAUGGUGACGAUACAGCAGCUGGAGGAAAGAACACAGAACAAGAGGAGCUCCUCUGGGAACGUCAACACUGAACUGAAAGAGUUGGAAAAGCAGGCAGAGACAAAGGCAAAGACAGAUCAAAGAGCGACUGGAUGGAGUCAAGACUUGAACAACAUGGCAUCAAAAGAGUGAGUUUGAGCUUUU